AGCCAUGACAACCGUUGAUACGCACCUGCUAUCCAAAUAUUUGGUCAAUAUGUACAACAACAUUCAGUAAACGAAAUCGCAUUUCGACAAUGAAUCAAGAUGCUAAGAAAAUUGCAAGUAGCCUAUACGGAAGAGUCAACGCGCCAGCUGUCGAAAGAUGCCGAGUUAACUUUUGCACCGACUUAGAAAAGUCAGUUUUGAUGAGCAACUUCGAAAGGCGGGGAUGGAGCCAAGUUGGCCUCGACGAUGAAUGGAACUUCUACUGGGCAUCCACACAGACUUGCAGAAACUUAUUCAGCGUCGAAAGCGGCUAUCGGAUGAAUGACAACCAAAUGAUAAAUCACUUUCCGAACCACUACGAGCUAUCGAGGAAAGACUUGCUCGUGAAGAAUAUAAAGCGAUAUAGGAAGGAGCUCGAAAGGGAAGGCAACCCUUUGGCAGAAAAAGCUGAAGUUGCGAUGCAUGGAGGUCAAGUGGUAACACGCUACGUUCACUUAGACUUUGUUCCCGUUACAUUCGUCCUCCCAGCCGACUAUAACAUGUUUGUCGAGGAGUACCGUAAAUCACCGCAAAGCACCUGGAUCAUGAAACCGUGCGGAAAAUCUCAAGGCACAGGAAUUUUCCUCAUAAACAAGCUGUCUAAACUAAAAAAGUGGUCUCGCGAAGCAAAAACCCCCUUCCAUCCACAACUUACUAAAGAAAGUUACGUUAUUUCGCGUUAUAUAGACAAUCCUCUUCUAAUAGGGGGCAAAAAGUUUGAUCUGAGACUUUACGUGUUGGUUACUUCUUUCCGACCUCUGAAGGCUUAUUUGUUCCAACUCGGCUUUUGUAGGUUUUGCACGGUGAAGUACGACACGAGUGUUACGGAGUUGGAUAAUAUGUAUGUACAUUUGACAAACGUUAGUGUGCAGAAGCAUGGCGGUGAUUAUAAUAAUAUACACGGUGGUAAAAUGACAGUGCAGAAUUUGAGGUUAUAUUUAGAAGGUACAAGAGGCAGAGCGGUAACUGAGAAAUUGUUCGCAGCAAUGCAGUGGCUGAUUGUGCAUUCAUUGAAGGCCGUUUCAUCAGUGAUGGCUAAUGACAGACAUUGUUUCGAGUGUUACGGGUACGACAUAAUAAUUGACAAUCAACUGAAGCCAUGGCUGGUCGAAGUGAACGCGUCUCCUUCAUUAACCUCAACGACAGUUAACGAUCGGAUAUUGAAGUACAAAUUGAUAGACAACAUACUGUCUGUUGUUUUACCGCCAGAUGGCGUGCCGGACGUGCGAUGGAAUAAAUUGCCAAAUGCUGAUGCUUUGGGCAAUUUUGAUUUACUUAUUGACGAAGAGUUGUUGGAGAAGGACGAACCCGCUACUCAUAGUAGAGCCGUGAAAACUAAGUAUAAGUGAAAGUUAGUUAAGUGUUAAUCAUAUAA